UACUUUGAGCCAUCCAUCAAACCAUCGGCUAGAUUAAGCUAGUUAGCUCCUGAGAAGGGUGAAAACUUGUAUUUGUUGUUUUUUUCGACUUAACUUGAAAGAGGAAUAUUUUUAGAGUCAAAGCAGCAAAGGUGGCUUCAUUUCAAACGAACUGUUUAAAGCAACUCUUAGAAAUAUGACAACUGAGUUUCCAGGAAAGACAAGCUAAUGUAUAAAGCUUGGUAGCUUUAACCUCGUCAAAGCUAUGCUAGGUGUAAUUGGACAGUUAAGGAGCAGCUUUUUCUCCAAAUGAUAAUGUUGUAGCGUAUAUGUGGCUCUAGCCAAUGUAAGUGGGUUUUCUGAUAUCAAAUUUACACUACUGUUGAUAUAAUUCCCAAUUACCCAACCCAAACCCAUGGUUUCUCCAAAAGAGAUGCUAGAUGGGAACCCCAGUUGUGCAGACCAGGUGUUUGAGGAAAGAGGAUCUUUGAGGUCAGGCAGAUAAGACUCCACACUGAGAGAAGGAAAAGAGGUCUUUGAGUUCAGGUCAGACAUUGUUACCUCAACAAUAACUUUGCUACCAGUGUUAACAGCUACUCUGGGCUACGUGAUGCAUCAUUUGUUAUGAUUCAGAGAUGAACAAGGAUUACAUCAGUCCAAUCAUUGACCAGAGAUAAUAACUGAUAAGAAUGAGGGAUUUCCUCCAGUGCAGAGAGGAGGAAGAAGGAACUGCUGCACUUUACUGACAGUAGCUUCAUCUGAACAACCUUGGGGGCGAGGCCUGAUGGCUUCAUACUGAAUAUAAAGAAGCUGGCAAUGUAAGAACACAAUACCUGUGACUCCAGAUCUGAAAGGGAAUCUGAAAUCUUCACAGAUCUCUGUACACCCAGAGAUGCUUCUCUCUGUCCUUUUCAUGCUGGGCCUCUGCCUGGUGCCCGCUCACUCCAAACCAGCAGGGCAAUAUUUCAGCAGUUCUCUUCUUCAGCAGUGUUUUCAAGAUGCAAAGAAACUUGUGGAUAAUGCUUACAAGUACUCCAGAGAAGAGAGUCUGAGAAGAGUCCGCAAAGAAGUGGUGCGUCCUCACGACGCUCUCCGUAUGAUGAAACAGCCUCGUGCUCUCACCCGAGUAGCCGUGAGAUCUGCAGACUACAUGGCACAGACCCUCCGUCUGCUGCAUGAGAGGACGCCUCACAUUCACAAACGCUCCCUCAAUGCAACAGAUUUGCUCAUGGAAGAAGACCUGAGGAAACUUGCUGAGAUAACUGGAUGUUCAGCUCGAAUCAAUUUACCAGAAUGUCGCACCACCCCAAACGUGAACAAGUAUCGCACGGCAUCCAGCGUCUGCAACAACAUAAAUAAUCCCCGCAAAGGAGCCUCCAACACCCCCUUUGCUCGCUUUCUACCUGCCGAAUAUGACGACGGCAUCGCUGAACCCAAAGGCUGGGACGUCAACCGCACGUUCAACAACUUCAUACUCCCGCUGGUGCGACAGGUGUCCAACAACAUCCUCAGCACAACAGAUGCAGGGGUGGUCAACGAUACAGAAUUCACUCACUUGGUGACUUUGUUUGGACAGUGGAAUGACCACGAUCUCACGUUCACGCCCUUCUCGCCCAGCAUUGUCUCCUUCAGUAAUGGUAUAAACUGUGAAGAAAGCUGCGAGCGGACUGAGCCAUGCAUCCCCAUCGCGCUCCCUCCCAAUGACCCCCGCUUCCAUCCGGGUCCAGAGAACUGCAUCCCUUCCUUCAGAUCCGCCCCAGUUUGCGGAACAGGAUUCUCAGCCUACAACUUUGGUGGGGAACCUGAGAAGAGAGAGCAGAUCAACGCACUGACAGCCUUCCUGGAUCUCGGCCAGGUAUACGGCUCCGAGGAUAAACUCGCUCUGUCUCUCCGCAACCUGAGCAGCAACGAUGGCCUGCUGCGCGCGAAUACAGAGUUCAAAGACAACGGCCGUGAUCUGCUGCCCUUCCACUCUCUCGAUGUGAACAUCUGCGCCACACGCGCCAGGACGACUAACGAUAGCAACGCCAAAGAGGUGCCCUGUUUCCUUGCAGGUGAUGUCCGCGUUGACGAGAACAUCGCUCUGACCUCUCUUCACACACUGUUCUUCCGGGAGCAUAACCGCCUGGCUGGUCAGCUGAAGAGAUUAAACCCACACUGGGACAGCGAGACCCUUUACCAGGAGGCCCGCAAGAUCAAUGGUGCUUACACGCAGGUGUUUGUGUUCAGGGACUAUCUAAGUCACAUUUUGGGCAGACAAACGUUAAACAGACUGAUUGGCCGCUACCCAGGCUACAAUCCCAAUAUUGACCCCAGCAUCGCCAAUGUAUUUGCAACAGCUGCAUACCGCUUUGCCCACUUGGCCGUCCAGCCGAGGCUGUCUCGUCUCGAUGCAAACUACAGGGAGAACCCUCGGUUCCCCAGUGUCCCCCUGUACGAGGCCUUCUUCACGCCCUGGAGAGUUAUCUUUGAGGGUGGCGUUGAUCCUCUGCUCCGUGGUUUGGUCGGCCGUCCAGCUAAGCUGAAUACUCAGGAUCACAUGUUGGUGGACGCUCUGAGGGAGAGGUUGUUCCAGUUUGUGCAACAUCUUGCUCUGGACCUGGGCGCUCUCAACAUGGCCAGAGGACGUGACCACGGCUUGCCUGGCUACAAUGCCUGGCGCAAGUUCUGUGGCCUGUCUACACCCAGAAACCAGGCAGAACUGGCUGCGGUCCUGAACAACGGUGACCUGGCCUCCAGGCUGCUGCAGUUCUACGGUACACCUGACAACAUUGAUAUCUGGUUGGGAGGUGUGGCUGAGCCGUUUGUUCAAGGUGGCCGUGUGGGGCCUCUACUUGCCUGCCUCAUCUCAGAACAGUUCAAGAGGACCCGUCAGGGUGACAGACUCUGGUACGAGAACCCAGGUGUCUUUACCGCUCGUCAGAGACUGGCCCUUUCCAGGGCUUCAGUAUCAAGGAUCAUUUGUGACAACACAGGAAUCACAUCCAUCACUGCUGACCCCUUCAACGUGCCAUCGCGCAGGAACCCACUUCUCAACUGCUCCAACAUCCCGAGACUGAACCUGUCGGCCUGGAGAGAGAGGCCCUGCUCAGGCGCAGGUGGUAGCUGUAAUGAAGUCAAUGAAGAGACUGUGGACGAGAUGGACCCCGAGGGCCUCCAGGACAACGAGGUCUAGUAGGCCCCCCUGGCCCCCCUGGCCCCCCUGGCCCCCCCGGACCGAUAGCACUCAACAUUAAUGCCUCACAGCCACAAUCUGCCUUCUCCGUCCUCUUUGGCAAGUACAGCUCAAGCUCAGACAAAAUCAUUCACUUCCGUCAGGUCAUCUACAACGAACAACACCAUUACAGUACAAAAACAGGCAUGUUCACAUGCGUCACCCCCGGUGUCUACCAGUUCAGCUUCCUCUGCAUGACCUACAACAGUGCAGGAAGCAUGGACCUGUGGUGUAACAACAAGGUGGUGCUGCACAGUUACCCUGUUUAUCAGGGAGGUCGCCACAUGGCUUCAGGGGACACGAUGCUCCGGCUGCAGAACGGAGACAAAGUGUGGGUGGAGGCAAGAGACGGGACCAAAGGCAUGAGCACCAAAAGCUACUUCUCAGGACAUCUGGUCUACACUGUGUAACACAAACACAUCUUCUCCAGGAUGAGCCUCCACCCUCUGAUGCACCAGUGUUCUGUCUGCUUUAGAAUCUCUUUAAUUACUGCACUUUUUUUGCACUGAACUUCACCUAGAAAUAAUCAGAUUAUAUCAAAUAUCUAGUAUAGUUUAAUUUAUAAUCUUAUUUUUGGAGCAGGAUUGGACACAGCAUACAUCUAUACGUGUUUCACAUUCUCUGAAAGAAUCAGCUAAAUUAGAUGUUUUAAGAGCAGCCUAAUGAACAUGAAUGAAUAUGAUUGUAGCAAAUCCAUUAAACUCUGUUACAGCAUGCAGUCUAGUUGACUACUGUUUCAUCAGUAGCAAAUUUGAAUGGUGGAAUAUGUCAGUAUUUUAAAAAUCAUCCAAAGCACUGAUGAAAUAAAAGCAUGCGUUUUCAAUGCUGUUAUGCUUUGACUGUGAGGCUAUGUUUCCUGUAACUUCCGUAUGUAUGUGUGUGUGUUUUGCAUAAAUAAAGAAACUGCUGCAAUCA